AUGGUAGUAAUAUAUAAAAGAAAGACUGCAAUUGAUAAAUCUUCAACUGUUAAAAAUUCAAGUAUAUUUUCAACAUUGAAGUCUAAUAAAACAAAGACAAAAAAUCUGACACAAUCUGAAGGUGCUUCACAAAAAGAGAAUAAUGUAAUUGAUAAGUUGAAAAUUAUUCCAUUGAAUGAAACGAUUGAAGUAAAUAAAGAUGACUCCACUGAAUCGAUUCAUAACAAAGUCCAAAUGAUGAACAAUUCUACAGAUACAACAAUGAAAAAUCAUAAUAAGGAUCAGGUUGUUGACGUAUAUAGCCAGAAUAUAAUUGUUGCAUCAAUUUCAAAAGAAUCUCUUACGGUAUCUGAAAUGACAGUUUGGUAACAUUUAC